CCCAGACUCGGACUCGACAGACCGCCGCCGCCACCGCCGCCGUUGCCAGGAGGCGCCGCUUUUGCCGCACGGGCCUACGGUCUGCUGCCCUGCAGACCCGGCCUCGCCUGCUCCUGCUCUUCCUCUUCCUCCUCCUCCACCUCCUCCUUAGCGCCCAUGUUCUCGGCCUCAUCGUCCGCCUCCUUCUCGAACCUUCCAGCGUUGUCCCUCGGGCUUCAGGGCCCAGAGCGAAGCAGGCUUUGCUGCUCGAGUCGCGACGACCUGCAGCGCUCGUUACGCGAGCUCUGGCCGCCCACCGGCUCGGUCAGAAGCCUCGAUCCGGCCAUCAUCGCCUCGUCCGCCAACAGCUUCUCCGGCUUUCGAGCUACCGAGACCUCUGCCUCUGCCUCGACACAACUCGACACCAACACUGCCGCCGCCGCCGUCUUCUCCGCCAGCCUCAAAUCGCUGCUCGGCAACGCCGCCCGUCUCGUCUUUCCGUCGGUCAACCGAGACUCCUCUGCCCUUCCGCCCGCCGAGUUCCUUGCACAGCCUCCAAACGCCUCUUCGUCAAGCCCCUCUCGCACUCACCCUUCCCUCGGCUCUUCGCCAACCUCCGCUUUAAUGUCCCUCACCUCCAAAGGCUCCGCCUUCUACUCUUCCGUCUCGUUGCCGCCCAGCCUCUCCUUUUCCUCCUCUUCACCCUCCUCCUCCUCCUCCUCUUCUUCUUCUUCUUCUUCCUCCUCUUCUUCUUGCUUCCCUUUCGCUCCUUCCUCUUCCUCCUCCAACCAAUCGCCCUGCUCCUCUGCCAAUGUCGUUUCCUCGGCGUCCCCUUCAACCCUUCGGCCACCCCACACUCAUCCCAAUUUCUCCUCGCCCUCCUCCUGCCCCUCCUGCCCCUGCUCCUCCUCCUCCUGCUCUUUUUCCUGCUCUUCCUCUUCCUCCUCCUCCUCCUCUUCUUCUUCCUCUUCUUCUUCUUCUUCCUCCUCCUCCUGCUCAGCCUCGAGUCUGCCUGGCUACUUGUCGCCCGUCUUCUAUCCGACCGCUCUGGCGGCCGCAGCUCAUGUGAUGGCUGCCCUCAAGGCUCCCUCCGACCCCGGCCCAGCCUCGGUAUCCUUUCAACCUGCCGAGCUUAAGUCCACCUCCUCGACGGCUCCGGAAUCGACAGCUUUUGCCCUCGGUGCCGGUUCGGCCAACUCGGCCAGCCUC